AUGGCUGAUGUACAUAUGGAAUCGGCGAAUACCAAUGUUAAUAAUAAUGGCAUUGAUACGAGUAUUCAAAUGGAAGAAGGAGAUUAUCUGAUGAUCAAGAAGAAAAAGGUUGCUAAUGCUAUAAUGGAUUUAUUUUUUAAUGAAAUCGUAACGGAUGAUGAUUAUGAUGAGCGUGUAAUUGAUAAACUUACUACAAUGCACCCUAAGACGGCUUUAUUUUUGAUUGCAGAAACUAAAAGAACUCGUUUUUUUGGUGUCCAUAGCCGUCCAUCCUAUUUUAUGGCAACUGUUAAGCAUAUGAAUGAUAGAAUAAAACAACAAGGUUUAGAAUUUUCGUUUAGUCAACAAAUUAUGCCAGGGCCUAAAUAUGAAUCAAUAAAACAACUUAUUGAUGAAACUGGAUACAAAUUAGAAGUUACAGUUGGACAAAGAAAGUACCAUAGCCCACCAGGCUGGGAAGGACCAGCACCAGGUGCUGUUUCAAAUGAAGUCUUUAUUGGACAAAUACCAAAAAAUGUUUAUGAAGAUGUUUUAGUUAGAUUAUUUUCACAAUAUGGACAAAUAUGGGAUUUACGAAUUUUAAUGGAUCCUAUAAAUGGUGGAACUCGUGGUUAUGCUUUUUUAGCGUAUACUGAUGUUGAGGCUUCUCAAGCUGCUGUAGAUAACUUAAAUGGUUACGAAAUCCAACCUGGAUGUAACCUUAAAGUAAAUGUUUCGGUAGCUAAUAGACGUUUAUAUAUUGGGAAUUUACCCAAAUCAAAAACACAAAAGGAUAUUUUAGAAGAGUUUAAAAAGUUUGCAGAGGGUGUUGAAAAUGUCAUUAUGUAUACUAAUCCAGAUGAUCCAAAAGAGAAAAAAAGUCGUGGAUUUUGUUUUAUUGAUUUUAAUGAACAUAAGAAUGCUUCAGAUUGUAAAAGAAAAAUGCAAAUGGGAAGGAUAAAAAUUUUUAAUACAGAUCUUAUUUGUGAAUGGGCUGAACAACAAAGUGAAGUUAGCGAGGAAGUUAUGAGAAAUGUAAAAAUGUUAUACGUUAGAAAUUUAAAAGAAGGAGCUAGUGAACAAAAAGUUAAAGAAGUUUUUUCUGCUUUUGGUAAUGUUCUUAGUGUCAAACGAAUACGUGAUUUUGCGUUUGUUGAUUUUGAAGAACGUGAUAAUUGUAUAAAAGCCAUGGAAGAGAUGAAUAAUAAAGAAUUUGAAGGAGGUAUUUUAGAAAUUUCAUUAGCUAAACCACAAUUAGAUCCAAAUAAGAAAAAAGUAAAUAAACAAUUUAAUAAAUCUGAUAAACGAAAAAGGUUACCUUAUGAUCAUCCAGAUUAUGAAGUUUAUAAUUAUUAUCAACAACACAUGGCUUUUGCCCAUGGUCCACCACGUAUACCUCCAUAUGGAGGAAGACCACCAUACAGAAGUUAUCCACCUAUGCCUCCAAUGCACGGGUAUAGGCCGUUUCAUGGAUAUUCUCCCUAUGAUCCAUAUUAUGAUUACCAAGAUCCUUAUGAAUAUUAUCCUCCACCACAUCCAAUAUAUGAAGGAUAUCAAGAUUAUAAUGGUAUUAUGUCUAGUUAUCCAACACCACCACGAAAAGGAAACAAAAAACAACGUAAUAAUUUAGCAGGAACAAAACGCAGAGCAGAAGCAAUGCCAGAGCCGGUAACAAAACGCCCUGGUGGGCAUCCCAAUAUUUCUGCAGAGAAUGGUGCUAUUUAUGGUAUACCACCUCAUCGAGUACCAAAAACUAACUAUUCUACUGUGCCCCAAACCUCAAAGAAAGAUGUUGACUUUUCUUCUGAUUAUUACUGA